AUGACCGUUCAAUCAACCUUGAAGCUUCACAAUCUGAAGCCAAGAGCUUCAAGAUCAAAUUUUGAAACUAACCCAUCAUUCAAAACAAUCACCAAAACCCAAAACAAGAUGAAGCUACUCCGGGUCAUUCUCACCGACCAUGAUGCAACUGAUUCCGACUCUUCCGGCGAGGAUGAACCGUCACCACAAAGAAGAAAGAGAGAAAUAACCGAAAUCGCCAUGCACUUUCCUCUUGUAUCUGAUUCUCCCAAAACUUCACCUUCUUCUUCAGCUUGCUCCACUGACCCGACCCGUUUCAAAAGACGUGGAAAACCAGUCAAAAAGUCCGGUAGUUCUUGCCGGCAAAACAUAUUCCGUGGUGUUCGUCAGAGACCUUGGGGUCGGUGGACAGCUGAGAUCCGUGACCCGAACCAACGAAAGCGCGUCUGGUUAGGAACUUUUGACACGGCGGAGGAAGCCGCUGCUGUGUACGACGAAGCCGCCGUGAAGCUUAAGGGUCCAAAGGCUAUUACCAACUUUCCAAGUACCGACGCCGUUAAAAAGGAUGUCAACGAGCCACCGAAGAUUUUCUCCGGCGACGGUUUUGCUUCUCCGACUUCCGUUCUACCUUACUACGACGGUGACUCCACGCCGUUUGACAGUUUUCGUUACGGAACAGUGGAUGCGUUUGGGUUCGAUAUCGAUACGCCGUUAAGUUUAACGGACGUUAACUUUAUGGGAUUUCGGAAAGAAAAAGAAGAGUUCGGUGAGUUUGACUUGGACGAGUUCCUGACGUGGCCCAAUUAA